GAGCAAUGAAAUAUGCCCCCACGUUUUUGUAUACGCGCAUAUUUUACGCAAAGCCCGUGGGUGCCGGCCGUUUAUAAUGUAUGACAGCAGUCAUUCCGCGCGCACCCUCCUCGCAGCCACUGCGUGUCCUUUGACCUCUGUCGCUUUUAAAAUAGAGAAACGACCUUGUGGAGACUUGAGUCAUUUGCAGUUGUUGACGGCUACGUUUUAGGCUACACUCAAAGAGUUGGGCUUGUGAGGUUAAAAAAUAAACGAAAUAAGUUUAUCCACACGAGUUGUGAUGUUUGUCACAUCCGGGACUGAAACUUGUCAUCACUUUUUCAUUUUGGACGCGACGAGCUUCUCCUGAGGGAAUUGAAGACGACACUUCAAUAGACGGUGGCGAAAGACCAAAGGCAAGGACUGUUGGAGAGGAAAUGCAUCAUGACAAAGGCAUGGGGCCAGGACACCUUUUCAGCUCGUCACCACAGGGGGGUCCUCUUCCAUGUGCCUUACAAAUCCCAAGUGACGCCAGUUGAUCCAUAUCAACACGUUCUCCUGAUCUCUGCUGUCUCCAUCCACCAGUGGAGGGUGAUGAGGCUGGUGGGGAGCCUGCAGCUUGUUCUGCUUUUGGCCUUCACCUCCACAGCCACAGGCCUCAACAUCCCUCUGGAAGUGGAGCAACCACCAACCAUAAUUAAUAGCUCAUCUGGUCCCAUUAUUGCACUUCCUUUUGACAAGUCCAUUACCAUCCAGUGUGAAGCCAGGGGCAACCCACCACCAGAAUACAGAUGGACCAAAGAUGGCAAAGACUUCAUCCCUCCCCACGUCACGACAAACAGACAUCACCCAGUUGGUACCUUCGUACUUCACAACAAGCAGGUUGUCGAGUUUCGUGGUAAAUACCAAUGCUACUCUUCUAACAAGUUGGGAACUGCCAUGACGGAUGAGAUUGAACUAAGAGUUCCCAAUGUGCCCAAGUUUCCAAAGGAGGUCAAUUCCCCCCUCGUUGUUGAGGAGGGAGAUCCAAUCAUCCUGGAGUGUAACCCUCCAGAAGGAGUAGCCCCAAUUAAGAUCUACUGGAUGUCUAUUGGUCUCGAGCACAUUGAGCAGGAUGAGAGGGUUUCUGUGGGCACUGAUGGCAACCUGUACUUCGCUUAUGCCUUACUGAAAGACAGUCGUCAGGACUACUGUUGCUUUGCCUCCUUCACCAAAAUACGCACCAUCGUCCAGAAAACCGCCAUGGCUGUCAUUGUCAAGAGCUUGAAACCUGGCAAUGAAUCUGCUGACAGCGGGGAACAGCUGAACCCCCCCACUGUGAGGAUGCCCGGCCUGCUGCUGCCCUCUGGUGUUCAGACAGAGAAGGUGCUGCUGAGGGGAAAGCAUCUGGAGCUGGAGUGUAUUCCUCAUGGAUAUCCGACCCCGAAGGUAACAUGGAUGAAAAUGGGAGACGCGCUGCCUUCACGGACAAUAUUUAACAAACAUGGAAAGCUGUUGUCCAUUUCCGCUGUAGAUGAGAGUGACGCUGGGAAAUACAUGUGUAAAGCCCAAAACUCUGCUGGAGAAGCUGUCCACUACUUUGAUGUAAUAGUGGAAGAGCCGCCAAAGUGGCUGUCAGAGCCUCCUCAGAGCCAGCUGACCGUGAUCGGGACUGAUGUUCACAUCAAGUGUUCGGUCAGUGGAAAACCAUUGCCGGACAUUACAUGGAGGAGGAAUGGACGACUGUUCAAAGACGACCCAGUGAACAACAGGCGAGUGCUCGAUGACACCGUGGUGCUCCACAACGCCAAAACAGAGGACAGCGCCGUCUACCAGUGUGAGGCCUCCAACAACCACGGCAGUGUUCUGGCCAACAUUAACAUCAUGGUCAUAAAUAUGGCUCCUUUGAUACUGACAAGGGACUACCAAGAGUACGCUGUAGUAUUAGGAGGGGACAUCCUCCUGAACUGCAGUGUUUUCAGCUCUCCGCCAUCCAAAAUCUCCUGGGCCAGAGAUGACACGCCGGAAACCAUUGAUGGGAUACGCUUUUUCCCUCUAAACGAAUCUUUGCAAAUCAUCAGUGCAGACAAAGAAGACAGUGGGAGAUACGAGUGUGUUGCCUCUAACAGCGAGGGCAAGUCUGCUAUCACUGCUGUGCUGGAUGUGAAAGACCCUACACACAUAGUAUACCCACCUCAGGACGUGCAGGUCAUCAGUGGCACCACAGCCCAGCUGAUGUGCCAGGCAGAGUAUGAUAAAAGCCUGCAGAGCACGUUUGAGGUGGUAUGGAGGAAGGAUGGUGAAGAGAUCCCACUUUUGUCUGAAGAAAAUUCCAGAUACUUUGCGGACUAUGGCAUGCUGCAAAUCAUGAGUGUGAACCUGAGCGAUCAGGGAGCGUACACGUGCGUUGCCAGAACCAGCCUCGAUGAGGACAAUGCCACUGCACUGCUCACCGUGCUGGAUGUUCCCGAUGCUCCCAAAAUAGUAGAGAUUUCAGAACUUCAGAGUCCGAGGAAUAUUAGCCUGUAUUGGAUAUCCGGGAGUGAUCACAACAGCUCUGUGAGAGAGUUUAUAGUGGAGUACGAGGAGAGCCAAUGGGAGCCCGGAAGGUGGCGGGAGCUACAGAAAGUCCCCGGUAACCAGGCAACAGCGGAGCUGGCACUACAUGGUAACCUUAACUACCAGUUCAGAGUGUAUGCUGUUAAUGCUGUUGGACCUGGACCCCCCAGUGAGCCCACUGAGAGACACAAAACACCCCCUGCUGCUCCUGAAAAAAACCCAGAAAACAUCAAAAUUCAAGGCCAUUCUCCUAAUCAAAUGGACAUUAGCUGGGAGCCGCUGUUGCCAAUUGAACACAAUGGCCCAGGCCUCGAGUACAGGGUGCGCUAUAGAAAACUGGGGGUGGGAGAUGAAUGGAAGUUGCAUAUGGUCAACAGACACUCCUUUGUCGUGAGGAACACGUCCACGUUUGUCCCCUACGAGAUCGAAAUUCAGAGCAGGAACAGCCAUGGCUGGGGGCCAGAACCUAAAAUCGUCACUGGUUACUCUGGAGAAGAUGUCCCGACCGCAGCACCACGGGACAUAGCGGUGGAGGUGAUCAACACCACUGUUUUGAGAGUUAGCUGGACCCCCGCCCCCGCCGCCACAGUGAGAGGUCAUCUCGGGGGCUACCAUGUUCACUGGGUGAGGAAACGAAGUUUGCUGAAUCCGAACAACAUUUUGGAUGAGCGCCAGUCCCUGUCUUUUCCUGGGAAGAGGACUCAUGCCAUCGUGCCGGGCCUCAAGCCUUUCUCUGAGUACAGACUCACUGUCAAUGUUUUCAACAAGAAGGGCAAUGGGCCCAACAGUGACCCGGUCACAUUCAACACUCCAGAGGGAGCUCCUGCACAAGUACCCAUCCUGACUGCCUCCAACGCCCAGAUAGACUCCAUACUGCUGGUGUGGGGCCCGCCGCGGGAAGCCAACGGCAUCCUUACUGGUUAUCUCCUGCAGCACCACCUCAUUAAUGAGACCACACUAGAGGUAGUGGACUCCCAGGAGACCAACAUCACCGGGGCUGACACCACCCAGUGGAAGCUCUAUGGUUUGGAGGGGGGGAGCCUCUACCGCUUCCUCCUCCGCGCCUGCACUGCAGCCGGCUGCGGCCCCCCGCUGACCCAGGAGAGCAGCACUGUAGCCCUAGAACUUCCAGCCUUGUUGAACGUAAGCUCUUAUGUGAGUGACACCUUUGCCAAAAUCAGCUGGACUGCCAUAGAAGAGCAGCAGGACUGGGAGCUUUAUGUGGCUUAUAUGAAUAACAGUGAUGGCUUCUGGCGGAUUUCAGAGGCUGUAAACGCUUCUCAAAGUUUCCAUGUUAUUGAUGGGCUCAAACCUGGGACGGUGUACACUGUGCGCCUCAUGUCCAAGAGGCUGCUCGAUAACGCUAGCAUUUUUGAAGACGUUAUCCAAACUCGAUUACAAGGUGCUGUAGGUCAGAAGAGCAGUUUUUCCACCCAGGGCUGGUUCAUCGGGACCAUGUGUGCUGUGGCGCUCCUCACCCUCGUGGUACUCAUGGCCUGCUUUGUGCGACGGAACAGAGGUGGCAAGUAUGCAGGUACGCCACCUCCGACCCAGAGACAAGAAAUGUUCUCCAUGGAAAAAGUGAAAGAGAAGGAGGAUCUCCACCCGGACCCGGAGUCGCAAGGAUUGAAUGAGGACAGCUUUGGUGACUACAGUGACAGCGAAGAGAAGCCACUGAAGGGCAGUAGCGUGUGUUCCCUGAAUGGCGCGAUGGGGGACGGCGUCAGCAGAGACAGCAUGGUUGACUACGCCGACGGCGGACGAGAAUUCAACGAGGACGGUUCAUUUAUUGGAGAAUAUUCCGAUCGUAGGCACGGAGGCUCUGUUAGCGAGCCCAGUGGACCCAGACCAGUCACUGCAUAAAACCAGGCUCCAAAUGCAACGGUCUACUUCAAAUCCUUUCAAGAUACUUUUCAAAUUCCGCUUCCCUGGCAUCAAAUAUAGCUAGAGUAUUUAAAUACGGGGGAAUAAAAAUGACUCAAAUGUGCAGAAGUUUGGCUCAGGGACUGGAAAAGGAAAAAUACACCCACCAUACACAUCAAAUCAAGAGUUGUUGUAUAUACUGUAAGAGAAUUAACUGUAUCUUUUGAGUUUUUCAAGAUUAUUAAAGUGUUUUUUGUACCUAUCAGC